AUGUUUUAAUUGUUUCAGUGGAUCGAAUGCUGCCGAUAAGUCAUGGCGUUCAACACAACUCGAGAAGCCAAGUUGAUGGCGAGAAGAAGACUGAUGAUCGCCUUCUUUGCUGGAGUGCUGUGCAUCAUCAUAUCAGCAAUAUUGAUGGCCAUCAAUCCCGUCCACAUCAUAGCUAAGUUUCAAACCCGCAUAGCCCCCAACUCCCUCCCAUACCACCUACUCCAGUCCGAGGUGGAGGGGGUCCACGUGAAGGCGUACCUCUUUAAUGUCACCAACCCCGUGGAGUUCCUGAGCGGGAGGGACCGCAACAUGAAGAUGCAGGAGAUCGGCCCUUUUAGCUACAAAGAACUUCGCUCCAACGACGAUUUAGAGCUGGACCUUGACGAAGGUGUGGUGCGAUACACGCCCAAAGUGAAAGUAGAGUUCGUUCCUGAGGAGUCUAUCGGGCGUCCAGAGGACAUCAAUGUCACUAUACCUAACAUUGCUAUGCUGAGCAUGACAGCCAUGAUGUCCUCAUACCCAUUCUGGACGCGGCUCGGCUACAACGCUUUGCAGAAGCAGGUCGAAUCAAGAGCGAUCAUAACUGUACCGGCACACGAGUACCUGUGGGGGUACGACGAAGCGCUCAUCACCAUGGGGAACACGUUCAUGCCCGGAUGGAUACACUUCACCAAGAUGGGGAUCAUGGACAGGCUGUACGACAAGACGGUCCCAAACCGACUGGUAGUUGGUGCAAGAGAUGGUGAUAAGUUUGAGAUUAAGUCCAUGAACGGGGUCAGUGGACUGAGGUCGUGGGGGUACGAGGAUAAUACGACCAGAAAAAAAUGCAACACAUUCACCAACGCGUACGAGGGCGUGGCUUACCCGGACGACUUGACACCUGACAAGGAAAUCCGGAUCUUUCGGAACGUUCUGUGCCGGUUCCUGGAACUGGACUACCAGGAGCAAAUCACCAUGGAUUUCGGAGCUGAUGCGUUUGUGUACAAGAUCAGUAACCGGACGUAUUCGCCAGGGAAGGACAACGAGUGUCUCUGUGGCAAGGGGAUCUGCAUGGACGGGCUGUCGGAUCUCUCGCCGUGUUUCUAUGGUCUGCCUCUCGCCAUGUCCAACGCACACUUCCUGAACGCGCCUCCUGAAAUGUACGAGCGAAUUGAGGGCCUUCAACCGGAGGAGGCCAAGCAUGGAGGACGGUUUCUCAUUGAGCCGCAAAUCGGAGCCGUAAUAGAGACGGAGUUCACAGUGCAGGUGAACAUCGUGAUGGGAGACGUCAGCUUCAACGAAGAGGCGAAAGCCAUGUCCGGCAUGGUUGUGCCCGUUGGAUACUUUAGAAUUAUACUACCAGCUCUGCCUGAACACACCAAAGACCAAUUAAACCUGAUGUACAAGACCGGGCCCGCGAUCUUCUUAGCGGUCGAGAUAUCACUAUACAUCCUCGGGACCCUUCUCAUUACCUAUUCCUUUGUCCAAGUCUGCAGGACGUGGCUCUGCGCUGAUGAAAGAGCUAUCGAGUACCAGACCCCGAGCGAUGAGAAGAAGGCAACGAUAUUGUGCGUCCCGUUGAUGGACUUUGAUUCUAAAAGCAAUAGUUUCUUGUGA